AAAAACUACGUUUAUCUACAAAUUGUUGGCAUUUUGUCUCAUUAAUUUAGUGCAUGCCAUGCUUGGGCAGAAUUCAGUUUGGCAUAAAAUAUUAUCCAGCUCCAUAUCUCGUUGCAGGUAGCAGUGUGGGUGAAAUCAUCGCAUAUUGUAUACGCAUAUCUGCAGAUAGCGUGUAUUACAGGGUACAUGAUAAUAGUACUUAUAGUUGAGAAUUGCAAAUAAUAUCCUGUACUGUAAUCAAGUUUGCAUGGCAUUGUAUUCAAGUGCAAAGCCAAAAACCACUAUUUUUCCAUUGUUGUCAAGAUUUCAAGGAGUCAGGUACUGGAUUCAGUCGAACGGUUAAGGGGGUUUCCAAACCAGUUUUUUUUUUGCAGAGCUUGAAAAAUUUUGCAGACAUAUUAUAAUUUCCAGUCAAACCGUAAUGAAAUGUAGGAGUUUGAUUUUCAUACGAAGUGCGUACACUAUUUUAAACUUAUUUUCCAUGCAGGAAAAUCCCUAAAAUAAGGUGGCUGCGAAAUGGCUGCGGAUUUACAUCGUUCAAAAAUUAUGAUACUUCAACGUAUCAAAAAUAAAUUUGUGCUGUUUCUUGCUACUAUUUUAUUUGUUUUGUUAAUAAUUCCUACCACGACGUUUAUAAUACUGCCGUGCUUGAUAUACCGUCAACUGCUCUUGAUAUACGCAAAGUGGUGCAAGCCAAGUCUGGGCAAACUCUUGUGUGCCCGAAGUGCUUUAGCUGCCCUUGACGAUAUCCACACUGCCCCCAAAUGCACGUUACUGGGGGUUGCAGUGGUAGCUGGGGACAUUGAUGUCCGCCAGUUGCAACAGGAUGUGAUGAGGCGGAUCGUAAAUGCAAAGGACAGUAAUGGACAUAAAAUGUAUCCCGAACUCCAACAAUAUUUCUCGCAGUGGGGUGGGUACCUGUUUUUUAAAAAUGUUAAGGAUUUUAGAAUAGAAAAUCAUGUGAGUGUUGUUGAAAAAUCGGAGACGAAAGAGAUGAGCGAGUUGGAUUUGAUUAACCUGCGAGUGGAACUGAUAAGCAAACCUUACAAGAAGGGUCAGAGCCCGUGGGAAUUUGUUGUUCUUCGAAAUUACCACCCCAAGUUUCCUCUCAUGAUUGACGUUGAUAAUAAUUGCGCUGAUUACACAAAGCACGACUCCAAAACAAAGAAAUCUGUCCUCAUUAUGAGAAUUCAUCACGGGAUUGCUGAUGGAUACUCACUGCUAAAAUUGUGGUUGAACUCAAUGCAAUCUGAAAAUAUGACACUUGAACAAAUUCCUCAACCAACAUUUCAUCAACGAAGUUGUUUUAAAACGUUGAUGUAUAACACCUGGGCGCUCUUGUGCGUGCCGUACUAUGUCACGGAGCAGCUAAUGACGACAUACGACUCCAAUUUUUUCCAUCCCAAAGGAAUCACCUUAUCACGCAAGUGUUCUGCUGGAAGUGUCACCUUGCCUGCAUCGAUCAUUAAGGAAAUCAGGGAGAAGAAUAAUGUAACCUUUACUGCUGUUCUGAUGGCAGCUUUGACGGGAGGUGUGAGAAAUUAUAUGCUGGCGAAUGGAAUACCCAUUCCUGAUAAAAUGCAUUGCACUCAGCCACUUCCUUGGCCAAAUCAUCCUGAGAAAUUGCGAAACUUUUGGUCGUUUUGUAUAAUCAACUUACCUCUCCAAGUGUCCGACUCUAAAGAAAGACUGAAAAUUUUGCACAAGAAAAGAGAAUCCCUUGUUCGCUCUACGGUACCGCUGCUGAAUUUGAAACUGGUUUCGCUGGUGGGAUCCCUUCCAACGCCAAUUAUUCAAUGGGCAACCAAGCGGAAAGCAACAACAAUUAUGAUGUCCAACUUUCCUGGCCCCCAAGAACCAAGUUCAAUGCUGGGAUAUCCCAUUUUAGAUGCGUCUUUUGGUGGAGGAUUUGGUAGAGGAAACUUGGCAUUUGGCAUAUCAAUGAUAAGCUACAACGGGACAUUACGAUUAGGUCUCGGUGUAGAUCAAUCUAUUCUUCCAAACCAACAUCAAGCUCAACAACUGUUAAAUAUGAUUAGAGACGAAAUUUACAUCCUAGGUCAAGAUGUGAUUGUAUAAUUAUUAAUUUUCAGUCCACACAACCCUUUCCAUUAAGAAAGAUUGCUUUAACAGCUCUGCCAGUAUCACGCGAAGGAUAAUGUGUAUGUACAUGCAUUACUCAAUAAACCAAAAAUGACCUCUAUAAUUAGGCUAGCUUUACCUUUGGAUAAUGAUUGACAAAACUCUUGCAACUGGAACUAUGUUAGCUGCAAUAUAAGUAGUGUUUUUUACUAAUUUAUUGCAAAGUCAUUUUGUAAUACUCAUUACAAUAAGAUGUAAUUAAUCUCCAGAAAUAUCCGUGCUCACGAGCUUAUUUUUGUGUACAGUAAAAAAUAAAUUUUUGCCGGUUAUAUGAAUAUGA